CUUCUCUCUGGCCACGUCCUGUGUGCGGGAGCCAAGAGUUUCUGCUGCCGAUCAGCCGAUGUCAAAGUCGAAUGCACUUUUGGAUUCAGUUCCACGACGACAGGCGGCGGUGUCGCGGCGGCCAGUGUGCGGGUGUUGCGUUGUUAUUUCUUGAAGAAUAACAGUAAUCGUCUUUCCAUUUUUAGUCUUCGUCAGUACAAAUUUUCGUUCGGUGACUCUAAUACGCACGCUACGACGAUGCUUCGUCUCGCUAAGGUCUUUUCGUUAACUACCAGAAACCUCAACAAGGCCGCGGAGACGCCCUUAGGAUCCUGCGUCCUGACGUCCAGAUGUUUGGCAACCCAAGCGGCAGUGAAAGUCAAGGAAGAAAGGCCGCGAGAAAAUGCCUCCGCGAAGGAAUCUCAAUCUUUUACCAUGAAUCUCUUCCGUGGCCAGCUGCAGCUGAGCCAGGUGUGUCCGUUCCCGGAACCUAUGAAUCCGGACCAAACUGACACGAUAAAAAUGCUUGUCGACCCUGUGGAAAAGUUCUACGAGGAAGUGAACGAUGCCGCGAAAAACGAUCAGAACGCGUAUGUGGACGAGAAAACGGCAGCUGCUCUCUGGGACCUGGGAGGGUUCUCGCUGCAAGUGCCCACGGAAUUCGGCGGACUGGGAUUGACGAACACCCAGUACACGCGAAUCGUCGAGAUAUGCGGCUAUCACGAUUUGGGCAUCGGCAUCACCCUGGGCGCGCAUCAGAGCAUAGGGUUCAAGGGUAUACUUUUGUUCGGCACACCGGAACAGAAGGCCAAGUACCUGCCCAAAGUGAGUAGCGGCACGUACGCCGCGUUCUGCUUGACGGAACCGAGCUCCGGCUCCGACGCCGGUUCAAUACGCUCGCGCGCCGUCAAAUCCGCGGACGGGUCGCACUACGUUCUCAACGGCAGCAAGAUUUGGAUAUCGAACGGCGGCAUCGCCGAUGUCAUGACCGUGUUCGCGCAGGUGCCUAUGAAGGAUCCGAAGACGGGCGAGACGAAGGACAAGAUAACCGCCUUCAUCGUGGAGCGGGGAUUCGGCGGUGUCACCAGCGGGCCACCCGAGAAGAAGAUGGGCAUCAAGUGCAGCAACACGGCCGCGAUCUUCUUCGAGGACGUGAAGAUCCCGGCGGAGAAUGUUCUCGGCAAGGAGGGCGAAGGUUUUAAGGUCGCAAUGAACAUCCUGAACAAUGGUAGAUUCGGUAUGGCCGCGGCUCUUUCCGGCACCAUGCGUUACUGCAUCCACAAGGCCGUGAAUCAUGCAACGCAACGCGUACAGUUCGGUCGCACGUUAGACAAUUACGGCACGAUACAAGAAAAAUUGGGGCGUAUGUCUAUAUUGCAUUACAUCAGCGAGUCUCUCGCGUAUAUGGUUUCCGGCAACAUGGAUUGUGGAAGUCAGGAUUAUCAUCUGGAAGCGGCUAUUUCGAAGUGUUUCGCGUCGGAGUCCGCAUGGUGGGUGUGCAAUGAAGCUAUUCAGACCUUGGGAGGAAUGGGUUUCAUGACCGAGACCGGUCUAGAACGUGUGAUGCGCGACUUGCGCAUAUUCCCGAUCUUCGAGGGGACGAACGACAUUUUGCGUUUGUUCGUGUCGCUCACUGGUAUCCAAUACGCCGGGAGCCAUUUGAAGGAGUUGCAGAAGGCCUUCAAGAAUCCUACCGCGAAUUUAGGAUUGAUCGUCGAGGAAGCCACUAAGCGUGCAACCAGAGCAAUCGGCUUGAAAUCGCCGCCUACCUUCGGGAAUUCGGUACAUCCGAGAUUGGCGGAAAGCGCCGCGCUUUGCUCGAAGAGCGUGGAGAACUUUGGCCACGUUAUAGAGUCCUGUCUUAUUAAAUACGGACGAGGCAUCGUAGACGAGCAAUUUAUCCUCAACAGGAUCACGCAGGCCGCCUUCGAUACGUAUACAAUGGCGGUUGUCCUAAGCAGGGCGACCAUGGCGCUGAACAAGAAUCUGCCUAGCGCAGAGCACGAGUUGUUGAUGGCACAAACUUGGUGCGCGGAGGCGUCCAGCCGCGCUGCGUAUAAUCUACAGCAGGUCGGCUCCGCCAAGCAAUUAGACAUCUUUAGUAAAUUGAGUAAAAUUUCGAAGAACUUGUGCGACGUCGGUGGUUGCGUACAAUCAAAUCCAUUGGGCUUUUAAGACAUGAUAAAUUUACGUUGCGAAAAACUAUGUCCAAUCUUGAGUUUAUCUUCCAUUGCGCUAGACAUAAAAGAUAACAAUAGAAAUUGUUCUUCAUGUAAUAAGGAAAAAUUUUAAUUAUUUCAUUUUUUCAAUAUUUUAACUUUGCAAUUUAUAGAAAUAAAAAAAUGUAAAUAGUACAAAUGUAAAGUAACUUUGCGAUUGACUGUAUAUAUUUUCCGCGAAAGCUACGCGCGAACAAGCAAUGAACAAUGCAAAUAUUAAAUUUAAUAAGGUGUAAAGCAUAAGGUGUGUAUCUAAAGGUAUAUAUAAAAAAUUAUGUAUUUUUUAAUAUCUCUUUAUACCUCUUUACACGAAACACGGCGAUUCCAAGAUGUGUACAGCUAUACAAAUAAUGCGAUCUAUUUGACUUUUUUUUUCUUAAGAUGCUGUUUAUUCAUUUUAUAUAUCCAUAAGUUUUCGUUAAAAUAAUAAAAAUAAUUUUAAUAAAUCACACCAUGUUAAGUCGUCUUUUACACAAUAAAUUAAAUGAAAGACUUUAAA